UUGGCCAGUGGGGCAGGAUUGGAUGCAGGUUUUCAGGGUUUGAGGUGCAGCCAUUCUUGGUGGUGUGACCGUGUGACAUACCGUGUGACCUGCAUUUGAAUUUUAUACCAGGAUUCGAGCCCUUCGUCGGCCACCAACCACAACAAAUACAAAUUCCUAUUCAUGGACAUCGCUCAUCAUCACGUGCAUCAAGAAGUUCCCGUGAAGGUGAUGAUUGACACGAGCGAUGAUGACGACUCCCACGAAGAGAUUGAAAUCGACCCGAUGGAAAUUGCUACAACGGUCACAAUCGUGGAGGAGGAUGGGAGCACCUCGGUCGUCGAGGGGGCGCAAGUUUCCUCCGUGGUGAGUGAUGCUGGUCCCAACUCGGCGAUAAGAUUCGGGCAUAGUUCAAACGGUAAUGUAACCUAUCAAGUCGUCGCAAAUGAUAACUACCACCAAUCCUCGGGCCUUCAACUUUUAAACAAUGGGAGUGGUGGUGGCGGACAAUAUUACGUUGUCAGCUCGGGCGUCCCACGAUCUCAAGUAAUUGAUCCAAGAAAUUUUGGACGCGUGGUGAAAGCCAAUGCGAGGGACGAUAAGAAAAGGGCGACCCAUAACGAAGUCGAGAGACGACGGAGGGACAAAAUUAAUGGAUGGAUUGGAAAAUUGGCUAAAAUUGUUCCUUCCUGUGCGGAUGAAGCUGUGAGCAAAAAUCAGAGUAAAGGCGGAAUUUUGGCCAAAACCUGCGAAUAUAUUGGAGAAUUGAAAAGUACUAAUUGUAGACUAGCCGCCUCGCUGAAAGAACAUCAAAACACGGCCGAGGAACUAGACGCCUUAAGACGAGAAGUAAGCGAACUUCGGAAAGAAAAUAUGAUGUUAAAACAACACUUAGGACCGACGGAAGAUGAUUCCACGGUUAUCAUUACAACAUCAGAAUGAAUGAGUGAAUGAAUGAAUAAUUAAUUAAUUAGUUUUAUACACGUAAAUAUUAUUAUAACACAAGUGAUACAAGGUUAGUUUUUAACUACAGAGACUAAUAUUAUCUACGAGAGACCGAUACGUACUCGAAUAAUAAUGUGAAGACAAAUUGCAUUUUCUCGCCUUGUAAAUCAAUUCCACUAUCAUUCUUAAUAAUUAACUGAUAAAUAUUUAGGGAUAAGAAAAAAUCGAUUACUAUUACUACACUGUUCAAAUUAUACCGUUUAAUAAUAAUGCAAGUUGAGUCAAAAUAUGUUAAUUAUGAGAGGUGUGAAACGUUAAUGAAUUUUUCUCGUUUCUUUUAGUUUUAAUGAGUACUAUAAUUAAUUAUGUAGUAUUUUUGGUUUAAUAGACUAGUAUUAUUUUAAAGGACACAUCCACAUGUAUGUAAUUGCAAAAAAAAAUAUUUUAACUUUCAUUUACUGUUAAUCUUCCAAGCUUAAACUUCUUCUAAGUGAAAAUUAGGCUGUUAUAUGUCGAACAAUACAUGUGUAAAGAGGAAGCCCCCCACAAGAGUAAAGUAUUUGACAGAGAGAUCCUGCAAAAUAUAGUAGACAAGAUAUCUAAAAUAGUAUAAUAUGAUACUAUGCAAUAAUAUGUGACAUCGAUCUAUAAGAUGAUAAAGUGGUCGUAAAAGUAGAAUAAAGUGGACAAAAGACAUGAAUUUUAGAUAAAUAAGA